AUGGCCACGGCAAUCUCCAAUAGCGACAGAGGCGGUGGCCAAUUCUCCACACCCAAACGGAGGAAGAUUCGGAAAGGCACGCAAAGCUGCUGGGAGUGCAAGCGAAGAAAGAUUCGGUGUACUUUUGCCGCUCCAACUGAGUCUACUGACACCAAAAAGCGCAGCCAAGCUGGCGGUCCGUCUGGAAUCAAAUCACCAUCCGUACGCAACUAUAUAAGCAAUGCAGAAUCUCUCAUCAACUUGCCAGGUGAUAAUGAAGGAAUCUCUCAGCAGCUUCUCGCCGCAUGGCCAAGCCAGCCUGAGCUCAAGACCAUAUCACAAAUAAAAAUUAACAAUACUUUUAUGCUAUUCCAUGGCGUCACAUGCAUGCCAUACUCAGACUUUACGAGCAACAACCUACCAUCGCUUCAAGACGUGUUGGAGCCGCCUCUGCCAGGGUCCCACCCAAUCUUGAUUGCCCGCAGGCUUCUCAUGCUGGGCGUUUUUCUGCAAAGCGGCUCACUUCUGUCAUCUGAGUUGCAGGUCAUCAUGUCUCGGGUCGUCGAAACAGCAAACAGACUGGUUGUUAGCAAUGACGACCUGGCUGGCUCGCUUGAAGGCAUCGAGUGCAUCAUGAUGGAGAGCAUGUUUCGCAACAAUGCGGGCAAUCUCCGCGGCGCUUGGGUCUCGAAUCGCCGAGCCAUGACUAUGGCGCAAGUCAUGAGCCUUCAUCGAUACAGAACCACUGUCUCUGCUAGUAGCAGCGACGGUUGGAAUGCUAGACCUCUGCCGAAAGCAAUUGACGCUGAGACGCGACAUCGUAUUGAGCCUCAGUUCAUGUGGUUUCGGCUAGUCGCUACAGAUCGAUAUCUAUCCUUGAUACUAGGGCUGCCACAGGAAUCUCAACAAGACCCCCAUUCCGUCUGCUUGGAGCCCAACGAGCUCAGAGAUUACGCACUCGUAGAUCGCCUUGAGCGCUUUGAGGUGGUGGCCGCGGGACUCAUUUUGCAGCGAAACAGCACAAACAUGCACAACCUUGACGCAACGCUCAGAGUGGACAAACUUCUUCAAGAGGCAACAGCUUCAACGCCUGCCCAGUGGUGGCUCCCUCCCGAGCCCUUGUCCAUCGCUGGUGAUUCUAUGGAGGCUUUCAAAGAGACGCUCCGACUCAUGUAUCAGCUCACCCAUUUCCACUUGCUUGCACAGUUACAUCUGCCAUAUAUACUCUUGACUUCCAACGACCGGAAAUACGACUAUAGCAAGACGACGGCCAUCAACGCGAGCCGGGAGAUACUGUCGCGGUUCGUCCUUUACUUUGACGGUAGUUCCAAAUGCUCCUCCUACUGCCGCGGGAUUGACUUUUUGACCUUUAUCGCUAGUAUGACGCUGUGUAUUGCUCAUAUAAAAGGGCAUUGCCAGCGGCAUAUUGGUGUCAAGAACAGCGAGACUGCCAGCGUCUUUCAAUCUCUCGUACACCAGCGCCCUCAAGACAUUGGAUACAUAGAGCGUUUAAUGGACAGUAUGGAACACAAGACAACAAGAGACAACAACCCCAUCACUCAAACAAUUACCAGCAGCCUGCGACAACUUGUGGCCAUCGAAGCUUCUGUUGCCAGUCAGAGUUGCUGCACUGCAAACUUCUCUUUCCAAGUCGGUUGCGAUGGGCUUGAAAGUAGCGGGAUCAGUAUGCAUAUGAAGAAUGAUGCAUUGAACAUAUACGUGCCUUACUAUGGCACCAUCAAAAUAGAGCGAGAAGUGCUUUCCCGCACGUUUGUUGAGAGCCAUCUUGUUUCGGCAGACUCCACAUCACACAUGCCCUUGGAAGCCUUUCAAUCGCCUACUGAAAGAUCUUUUGUUACGGAGACUCUUGGUGAACCAAUUUUGUCCAACAAUCGAAUUAUCGAGGAAGAUAACAUAUUAAUACCAGGUAUUGGGGAAGACUUUGGUGAUUGGGCACUUGGAAGCAUGGAUUUAGCUUUACUAGACACAAUAUGA